AUGGAAAAGCCCAUCAUGGAGCUUAACACACAGCUGGACUUUGUCAGCAUCUCCAAGGAUGGCCAUGGGGAGGAGGCAGCCUCCACACCCAGCUUGUUAGGCUACAACAUAAAGAAGAAGACAGCAGAGGAAUGCUUCUCGACAGGCGAGACCCACACAAACCCGACAGAUGCCGCAACCACACCCAGGCAGAUGCCAAGCACAGAGCCAUGCAGCGGCAGCCAGAUGAAGACCCCAAGAGUGAGCAACAUGCGGCAUCUCCUGGGGAAUCUCUCAGAUGACCUGGCCAGCCCAGAGCAGGCCCUGCAGCAGCGCACCCCUGGACACACAAGGACCCCCAUGCGCCAGCCACCACUCCGCGUGCCAGUCAAUGACUCCUCCAGUUCCUCCUCUGGCAUAGCUGACAGCAGCAGCGUCAGUGGCACCGCUUUCGAGAGCAGCAAGGGAUACGCGAUUGCCAAGGCUGCGUACAAGACAACCGCAACAUCGCGCAACACCACCCCUGCAAUGAAGCCCCCAAGGAAGACAUGUGGAACGCAGCAGACUGCUGUGGCAAGCUGCCUGCUGGGCCGCCUUGACCACAGCAAGCCUCAAGCGCCGCAUGCCAUCAAUCAGCUGCGGGAUUCAGACCAACAGCACUCCUUUGAGUUCCCAGCUAUCUGUAUGCAGCAGGAUCCAGCCAGCCGGGGUGUCAUAUGGAAGCUGGAUACCCCAGCAGAGCAUGAGAUUGCGCAUCAGCACACCAGUGCAGCUGUGCAGAUUCAGCAAGUGCCAGCAUCCAACCUCAGCGCCUCUGCCCUCAACUCUGCGUUCCCUCCACAGCUGCAUGGGUCCUUCAUGCAGCCACAGACAACCCAGCACUAUCAGGGCAUGCCCAUGAGCCAGCUCAUGGGAGGAGGCAGCAUUCCAUUCAGCCCACAUGCAGCCAUGCACCAUCAGGCUGUGUCCUUUACCAACAGCCAGGGCAUGCAGCUGCUUCCACUCUACAUGUCAGCAGGCAUGGUGGCCUCCCAGCCGCAGUUCAGCCCUCCACCCCUCUACACAAUCCCAGAGACGGAUGCACCUGCACCCACCAUGCAGACAUCUCCGCCAGCGUGGCAGAUCCCUCCUUCUGCAGGCGAUGCUCGUGUUCCUGUGAUGAGGAACGGCAGGCCCUACAUGCGCGAUGGAGUGCCUGUCAGGAUUCCUCUGCAGGACACAACAAACAUUCAGAAGAUCGCCACCAUCUGCUAUGUGCAGGCUUCCAAGGGAUAUGUGCCUGCCAACGUGGACAGGGACACUGUGAAGAAGCUGGUUCAGCAGCAGAUCGAGGCGUGCAAGCCCAUCCGUGCUCCCUGGUACCGCGAAGGCCCCCGCAACCCAAGUGCUCACAGGGCCAGCGGCAAGCACGCUCCUCCUUCACAGCAGCACACAGUAUACGCAGACAACAUGAAGGGUAUAGCAGCUGGUCCCCAUGGCCGUAGCAGCGGCAGCCAGGCGCAGAAGAUGUGCGAAAAUAGCAUGCCUGCAGGCACUGGCUGCUUCAUUUCUAUGGCAGGGAGCAUACAGGGGGUGCCCAGGGACCCUCACAGACUGAGCACCAGGGACAUCGACCAUAAGCUGGCAGGUCCCACCGCCUACAGUGCAGCAGCAAGCCCCAGUCAGGCCCCUGCUGCUGUGCAGCUUGCUGGAGGCCGCUGCACGGCUGUGGGCACUGGCUGCUUCAUCCCGUCUGUGUAG